CUAGAGAAUUUAAAAAUCUACUCUCUUUUCUUCUCUUUCUCCCUGUGCUUAUUAGACACACGCAGUCCCUCUACUCUACCUCCUACAAGUAUAGACUUUAAGCGUCGAGACAAGUAAGAAACCCAUCUGGCCAUUUAAUAGACCCAAUCUCUCUCUUGCUCGACAUUACUUAAAGCAAACAUCUAACAUCAUCAAACUUAUUAGCCACAACAGACAUGGACUACGAAUACUGUGGAGGAGAGUACUGCAGGAGGGGAGACGCGCCUGCGUUUGGAAGCGGGAACUGGAACGACGCCGUUCCAUUCACUCAGUGCUUCGAGACAGCAACCACUCAGCAACCUGCUAUUCUCCACUACGCUCCUUACACUCAAGAUCGCGAUCUUUACCUGGAAGAUGAUCUCUACGACAACCACCACCACCACCACCUUGUCUCUCCCGCCGUGAUCGUCCUACCUCGACGCAGGUCUAGGGUGGGCCAGGAACCAAAGAGAGAUACCUCCAAGGAGGAACACAACUUCAAGAACGAGGCGACGAGGUGUCCAACACCGGUGGAGAAGCGGAGGAUGGCGGCACCGAAGCCAGUUGACGAAGACUUGUACAAGGUGUCCCCUCAACUCCUCUCCGCCAAAUCAACAAAGAAGAGAGGAGGUGGGCUUGGGUGCAUUUCAAGGUGUUUUUUGCCAACAAGCGUGAGAGAUUGAGUCAGACAACACUUUAUUUUCCUUUUUUGUUGGUUAUAAUAGUAUUAGAAAACGUAUGCUCGUGAAGUUAUGUAUGUAUUUUUAAAUCAUGCGUGGUUUAAGCUAAUGUAGUAGUAGCUUUGGGAAAAGCUAGCCAUAUUGUAUUAUGUAUAUU